CUCGGCUAUGAUGUUCCAGGGGUGGGGGGUGGGGGGGUCCCUUCCUUCAAUUCGCGGUGAGAGGUCCGCGCGGUAAAUCCCGUCAAUCCCUCUGGCUCCUCGAGUGGAACACAACGACGUCAUGUGGGCCGUCCCGACCGACCGACCGCCUCACUGACACAUGUGUCGGACUCGGACGCUGCCCUCGCCUCGCCUCGCCUCGCCGCCCCGGUCACCACGCAGAACGAAAGAAGAAGAAGAACAAGAACAAGCAGCUGAAGCCUGAAGCUAUAAAACCACGCCAUGUCCCUCCCCCUCCUCCUCAUUCGCCGCACCACAAACAACACCACCACCUUACGAACCACCGCGGCAAUACUAGCAUCCACCACCACCAUCCCCACAAUCUUCAAACCACGAACACUACAACAAGCCCGAGCCAUGUCGUCCGCCAGCACAAUCUACGAUUUCACCGCCACCAAGCAGCUGGGCGAGCCGCUGCCCAUGUCGCAGCUGAAGGGUAAGGUGGUCCUGAUCGUCAACGUCGCCAGCAAGUGCGGCUUCACCCCGCAGUACAAGGGCCUCGAGGAGCUUAACCAGAAGUACCAUGACAAGGGUCUCGAGAUCCUCGGUUUCCCGUGUAACCAGUUCGGCGGACAGGAGCCGGGCACUGAUGAGGAUAUUCAGAACUUCUGCCAAACCAACUACGGCGUAAAAUUCACCAUGAUGAAGAAAGUGGACGUGAACGGGGAGGCGGCGGACCCACUGUGGGAGCACAUCAAGAACGAGAAGCCGGGGAUGCUGGGCAUGAAGCGCGUAAAGUGGAACUACGAGAAGUUCCUGAUCGGACGGGACGGGAAGGUCGUCGAGCGCUGGGCGAGCGUCACGAAGCCGGAGAGUCUGGCUGGCGCGAUCGAGAGGGAGCUGGCGAAGGGGGCGCCUGUUUCGUGAGUGAAGGGGGAG